GCAGACAUGAGCAGACGAGCACAGACAGGAUGAACGGACGCCUGCUAACCACGCCCCUCACUGUGGCCAACAACACCUCUGUCCCCGUUGAGUUGCUAACCUGUUUCCAUGGCGAUGACUCGUUCAAGUACCGCGCCUACACCUUCACCUACCUUCUGCUGUUUCCCGUGGCGUUCCUCUGUAACAUCGGAGCGCUGGUUGUCUUCUUCUUGCAGAGCAGUCACAGAAACUCCGCCUCCUCUGUGGUCAUGAUGAACCUCGCCCUAUCGGACAGCAGCUUUUCCCUUACCCUCCCGCUGCGAUUGGCUUAUUACUUCCGGGGUGGGGUUUGGGACUAUCCUGAUUGGCUGUGUCGAGUCUGCGUCUACGGAUUCUACGUCAACUUGUACACGAGCAUCCUCUUCCUCACUCUACUGAGCAUGCUCCGUUGGCUCGCCGUGGCUCAGCCCCUUCGUCACCGUGCUCUAACGACGCCCACUCGAAUCCUGUUGGUAUGUGUCGGCGUCUGGUUGCUGGUGGGCGUGUCCUCUGCCCCCUUCCUGUCUCAAGGCGUGACAAAGAGGGAUGGGUCUCCUCGUUGUUUCGAGCCGUCCAGCCCUUCUUCUUGGGGGCGUGUCCUGAUCCUAAACUACGUGGCGUUAGCUCUCGGCUUCCUCCUCCCUUUCCUCACGAUCAUUGCCUGUUACAGCCGGAUCAUCCAACGCCUGUCGACCCGCUCCAGCCUGCACAGGAACGCUUCGUCAACCAACGCUUGCCUCCGCAACAGACGGCGCUCAGUGCACCUGGUCAGCAUGGUAACCGCCACCUUCCUGCUCUGCUUCCUGCCCUAUCACGUGAUCCGAUCCCUUCACCUGCACGCCGUGUGUGGCCGCUGGAGCUGCGGCCUAACAAAGGGGCUGCAGCGGGCCGUGGUGGUGACGCUGUGUCUGGCGGCGUCCAACAGCGUGGUGAACCCUCUGCUGUAUUACUACUCCACCAGGACGUUCCGGGACAACAUGAGGAAGGCUCAACGCUCUCUGUCCAUUAGAGGGGGGGCCAUAAGGCCCGGACGGGCUCUGAUGAGGAGGAGGAACACCACAUGAUGCCUCUGGAGGGUCACUGGAGUCUGCUCUGUAGCUGGGCAGGUCAAAAAAUGCCCCUUUCUGCCUGUGGUCAUUCCUUUAACCGAGACUAACGAGGGCUGCAAGUAGAACUGCACGGGUCCUCACACCUUCAUGCACACUGUCAGGCCUUGUUUGUUCGGGUGGUAGAAGUAUUCUCGUCCAAUGGCAGGGCAUCAAAAUUUGACCAACCAACCUUUAACUUCUGAACAGGAGCUGAAGAAAUGUUGGAUGUACUGAGUAAAAAGGGUUCAUCCUAAUCUAAUUUUUAACAUCCUAUGAAAAUGUGCUUCUGGAACGCAUCUUUGAAAUGUUAUAGGGGGCGCCACUGAGCCAGAAAGUCACUGAGCCAACCAGCCAUAAUCAUAUCAGUCAUGUCGAUCUGCCACUGGGUAUUUUUGUGUUGAUAUUCAUUGCUCUAAAAAUGUUUUAGCUCCAGGAAACUCUACUUCCUGUUUCAUGGUGAAUGAAAAAUGAUCAUGGCAACAUUUUUUUCAAGUUGACUUUUGACCUUUUGGAGGUCCAAGAGGACUUUAUAAAUGUCUUGACAUGACACAGUUGCCUUCCAAUUUUCAAAUUCCAAGGUUAAAUCUGCUGCAGAGGCUUUGAAAAAAUGGUAGGGGGCGCCACUGAGCCCAAAAAGUCCCGUCCACCAACCAUAACCAUAUCAGUCAUGUCAAUCUGUCAAUGGGAAUUUUGUGUUUCAUUGAUCUAAAAAUGCUUUAGUCCCAGGGAAUUCUACUUCCUGUUCCAUGGCAAAUGAAAAAUGAUCAUGGCCACAUCUUUUUUAGCAGACUUUUGACCUUCAAAUACGAGUAAGUUCAACAUUUUAGGAUUUUGAAGAUUUUUUUAGCACAUUUCAUGGUGUCAAAAGACUAAGAAAAAACUACCUCCUCUUUCACUACAGACAUUCACCAUGGCUGUGCCUUUUGACCUUCACGUGCAAAUUUCAGGCAAAUUUCAGCAUGAUUAAACCAAUCAGAUUGGAAACAUAAUGUGAAUUUUAGGAGCAGUGACCUCCUGUUGCCAGAGAGUGGUCAGAUGUGUUCAGGUUCAGACUGCUGAGGCCACGCCCUCUGACAGAACGUCACUGAUGUUCUCAGAGACUUGGAUCCACUUCUUUCGGCCGUCCUGACACAAAUCCUACAUAGAUGUCUUCAACAGACUUUAAACAGUGGGUUGUUCCGUAAACCUUGACAUUUCCUGCCACCACUUGGAGGCGCCGUGUACUAUAAAAAAUAUAAUGACAUGAACCCUCCAUGAACACAGGAAGUUGUAGUCCAGUUAGACUGUGCACAGCUGAGUUAUAGAUAACUUCCUGUUUUAGAAAAAAUAUGCAAAUUUGAGGACUCGCCAUGGCCACGCCUUUUGACCAAUGAAAAAGUUUUUGAUAACUCUUCAUAAGCAAGCUCUCAUCUAGAAAUAUGCCAAAGUACAAGAAGAUUGGACGGACACCCUGGGAGGAGUGGCCUAAUGUACCUGCAAAAUUUCACACAUUUUUAACGAGCCUCAAAAGUCCAUUCAAGGAUGGAGAAAACUGAAAACUAGAUCUUGGUGCUUGGACCCUAAAUAUCACAGAAACAAAUGAUUUUUGAUUUGAUUUAUCUUAUUAAAAUUGGAAAAGAUCGUCCUGUAGACUCAGAUUUUACUGGAAGGACUAAAUACUCGACACAACUGAUGCCAAACUCACUGUUAUGAUGUAACAUGUUCUGGUUAUCUAAUGUUCAAGCUGACAGCUGAUUUAUGAACUGAAACCACCCUAGAUCGUUAAAUGAGUAUCCAUCCACCGCUGAAAGUAGUCCCCAGCAGGAAGCUUCAUAAAUGAGCAGCUUUAAACUCUAAAUCUUUGAGCUCUUUUUAAAAGCUAACUGUUGGAUGAACACGUUGGCUCAGCAUGUGAGAUUUUUCAGUCUUUCUGGUGUGUAAACAUGUGACGCGGUUUCCACUGAAGUGUCUUUAACGGUUUACUUGUUUGUUUAUUUCACUGUAAAUACUCAUUGAGUGUCUGUAGAGGCAUGGUCGUGUGAAGAUCAACAGGAAGUGUCUCUGUCUCUCUGUCUUUACACUCUUAAAUCUUCACUGACUCUGUAUUUAAUGGUAUAUUUCAUGUUUAUUAAAGAGAGUCUGUGGCAUGUCUGUUUGUAGUAGCUUUAGAAGGCUGGCUUUGUUAAACUCCACAUGUACUUUAAUAUAUCAUUGCUUUUAAAGACUGAACUUCUGAUUGUUAAAUUUUUAUGUGUUGAUUUGUCAUUUAUCUUAAAGAUGCUGUACUUUAGUCAGGUUUAAAGUGUGUAUUUGUCUUUAAAAUGUCGUUCAGUAAAAGUCUGAUUAAAG